AUGACGACCAUGGAUCUCCGCGUGGGGAACAAAUAUCGUAUCGGACGCAAAAUUGGCAGCGGCAGCUUUGGUGAUAUCUAUCUUGGUACCAACAUCAUAUCGGGAGAAGAGAUUGCAAUCAAGCUUGAGAGUGUCAAAGCCAAGCAUCCACAGCUCGAAUACGAAGCUCGUGUGUACAAAUCAUUGGCUGGAGGCGUCGGAAUCCCUUUCGUCCGCUGGUUUGGGACCGAAUGCGACUACAACGCUAUGGUUCUUGAUCUACUGGGACCCAGUCUGGAGGAUUUGUUCAACUUUUGCAACCGCAAAUUCUCAUUGAAGACCGUGCUGCUUCUUGCAGACCAGCUCAUCUCUCGCAUUGAGUAUAUUCAUGCAAAAUCAUUCAUCCACCGUGACAUCAAGCCAGACAAUUUCCUCAUGGGCAUCGGAAAGCGUGGAAACCAGGUCAAUGUCAUCGAUUUUGGUCUGGCUAAGAAAUAUCGUGACCCCAAGACGCAUUUCCAUAUCCCUUACCGUGAGAACAAAAACUUGACGGGAACUGCCCGCUAUGCCAGUAUCAACACUCAUCUUGGAGUUGAGCAGUCUCGCCGUGACGAUAUGGAAUCUCUUGGCUAUGUGAUGCUGUACUUCUGCCGCGGGUCUCUACCAUGGCAAGGAUUGAAGGCUGCUACCAAGAAGCAGAAAUAUGACCGCAUCAUGGAGAAAAAGAUGACAACACCGACAGAGGUGCUAUGCCGUGGAUUUCCUAACGAAUUUGCCAUCUACUUGAACUAUACGCGCUCUCUCCGCUUCGAUGACAAGCCGGACUACUCUUACCUGCGCAAGAUCUUCCGUGACCUGUUCGUCCGUGAGGGAUUCCAGUACGACUACGUGUUCGAUUGGACUGUCUACAAAUACCAAAAGAACGCCCAGGCUGUUCAAGCCACUACCCAGCAGGCCGUGGUAGAGGAAGAGGAGAAGCCGGCAAGGCGUCACGCUCAAGGUAGGGCCAACCGCCCUGAAACCGGAAACGUCCGUCAGAAUUAA